AUGACCCUCAUCAUGACCCUCAUCAUGACCCUCAACAUGACCCUCAACAUGACCCUCACCAUGACCCUCACCAUGACCCUCAUCAUGAACCUCACUAUGACCCUCAUCAUGACCCUCACCAUGACCCUCACUAUGACCCUCAGCAUGACCCUCACCAUGACCCUCAUCAUGACCCUCAUCAUGACCCUCACUAUGACCCUCACCAUGACCCUCAUCAUGACCCUCAUCAUGACCCUCACUAUGACCCUCAUCAUGACCCUCAUCAUUACCCUCACUAUGACCCUCAGCAUGACCCUCCCCAUGACCCUCACUAUGACCCUCAUCAUGACCCUCAUCAUUACCCUCACUAUGACCCUCAUCAUGACCCUCAUCAUGACCCUCACUAUGACCCUCAUCAUGACCCUCAGCAUGACCCUCACCAUGACCCUCACCAUGACCCUCAUCAUGACCCUCACUAUGACCCUCAUCAUGACCCUCAUCAUGACCCUCACUAUGACCCUCAUCAUGACCCUCACUAUGACCCUCAUCAUGACCCUCAUCAUGACCCUCACUAUGACCCUCAGCAUGACCCUCACUAUGACCCUCUCCAUGAACCUCAUCAUGACCCUCAUCAUGACCCUCACUAUGACCCUCACCAUGACCCUCAACAUGACCCUCACCAUGACCCUCAACAUGACCCUCACCAUGACCCUCACCAUGACCCUCACUAUGACCCUCAUCAUGACCCUCAUCAUGGCCCUCACUAUGACCCUCAUCAUGACCCUCACUAUGACCCUCAUCAUGACCCUCACUAUGACCCUCAGCAUGACCCUCAUCAUGACCCUCACCAUGACCCUCAUCAUGACCCUCAUCAUGACCCUCACUAUGACCCUCAACAUGACCCUCAACAUGACCCUCACUAUGACCCUCACUAUGACCCUCACCAUGACCCUCACCAUGACCCUCAACAUGACCCUCAUCAUGACCCUCACUAUAACCCUCACCAUGACCCUCAUCAUGACCCUCACUAUGACCCUCAGCAUGACCCUGACCAUGACCCUCAUCAUGAUCCUCAUUGAACAACUCACGAACCCUGAUUCUACAAAAGCCAAACUCAUCUCUCGAAUGGCAAAGAUGGGACAGAUGUUACCAAUCAUCACCAGCAGCCAACCAGAGUCCAGCGAUUCUGAACUAGAGGACUCCAGUCUCUCCAAGCUGAAGGAGCCUAUAGCUCAGACCUCAGCAGGUUCUGGUCCUGGUCUCCACAUGGUCCACCCCCAGGGGGCACCACCUGGUCUGGUGCCCUCCCACACACACGCCUUCCAGCCUUACCCCUACUCCCUCACCCCCUCCCUCACCUCCUCCCUCACCCCCACCCCAGUCUCUCAGCUGCAGCCGCUGGGCACAGGCUUCCCCCUCCAGAGCGUCUCCUACAUGGGCUCUGGUGAUGUCACAUCUUUCCUGAUGACUGAGGCUCGACAGCACAACACAGAGAUUCGAUUGGCUGUUUCCAAAGUCGGAGACAAAGUGGAUCAGCUGACAACAAAGGUGGAGCAGCUGGAGAGACAGGGGAACCCCACACUGACCUCUGUGUCCAUGGAGACCUCCAUGAUCCUGCAGAACAUCCAGAGGAUAGUUCAGGAAAACGAAAGUCUGAAGAAAGAAGUCUUUGACAAAAGUUCACGAAUUGAAAAACAAAACCAUAAAAUCAGUGAACUCAUCGACCAGAACCAAAGGUGGAUGGAGCAGAGCCACCUGCUUCUGGAGCAGAGGACAGAUUCUCUAAAGUCUAACUCUGAACUCAGCUCCCAGAGACUGCUGCAGGCGGAGCAGGAGAAGGGCCCGUGUCUCACCUGUCCCACCUGUCUUUUCUGUCUCACCGCUCUCACAUGUGUCACCUCUCUUCUGUCUCACGUGUUUCUUCUGUCUCACCGCUCUCACAUGUUUCUUCUGUCUCACCUGUCUCACCGCUCUCACUUGUCUCACCUGUCUCUUCUGUCUCACCGCUCUCACCUGUCUCACCUCUCUCACCAGUCUCACCGCUCUCACCUGUCUCACCGCUCUCACCUGCCUCACCUGUCUCUUCUGUCUCACCGCUCUCACCUGCCUCACCUGUCUCUUCUGUCUCACCGCUCUCACCUGUCUCUUCUGUCUCACCGCUCUCUCCUGUCUCACCUGUCUCACUGCUCUCUCCUGUCUCACCUCUCUCCCCUGUCUCACCUCUCUCACCUGUCUCACUGCUCUCACCUGUCUCACCGAUCUCACAUGUCUCACCGCUCUCACCUUCCUCACCUGUCUCACUGCUCUCACCUGUCUCACCGCUCUCACUUGUCUCACCUGUCUCUUCUGUCUCACCGCUCUCACCUGUCUCACCUCUCUCACCUGUCUCACCACUCUCACGUGUCUCACCGCUCUCACCUGUCUCACUGCUCUCACCUGUCUCACUGCUCUCACUUGUGUCACCGCUCUCUCCUGUCUCACCGCUCUCACCUGUCUCACCUGUCUCUUCUGUCUCACCGCUCUCUCCUGUCUCACCUGUCUCACUGCUCUCACCUGUCUCACUGCUCUCUCCUGUCUCACCUCUCUCCCCUGUCUCACCUCUCUCACCUGUCUCACUGCUCUCACCUGUCUCACCGAUCUCACAUGUCUCACCGCUCUCACCUGUCUCACUGCUCUCACCUGUCUCACCGCUCUCACCUGUCUCACCGCUCUCACCUCUGUCACCUGUCUCACCUCUCUCACCUGUCUCACCUGUCUCUCAUGAGGACCUGGCAUUGUCCACCUCUCCUCUGUCUCACCUCUCUCACCUGUCUCACCGCUCUCACCUGUCUCUUCUGUCUCACCGCUCUCUCCUGUCUCACCUGUCUCACCGCUCUCUCCUGUCUCACCGCUCUCACCUGUCUCACUGCUCUCACCUGUCUCACCGCUCUCACCUGUCUCACUGCUCUCACUUGUGUCACCGCUCUCUCCUGUCUCACCGCUCUCACCUGUCUCUUCUGUCUCACCGCUCUCUCCUGUCUCACCUGUCUCACUGCUCUCACCUGUCUCACUGCUCUCUCCUGUCUCACCUCUCUCCCCUGUCUCACCUCUCUCCCCUGUCUCACCUCUCUCACCUGUCUCACUGCUCUCACCUGUCUCACCAAUCUCACAUGUCUCACCGCUCUCACCUUCCUCACCUGUCUCACCGCUCUCACCUGUCUCACUGCUCUCACCUGUCUCACCGCUCUCACCUCUGUCACCUGUCUCACCUCUCUCACCUGUCUCACCUGUCUCUCAUGGUCAGGGUCUCUAACCCGUGUCCUUGUAUCUCAGGUCCGCCUGACAGAGGACCUGGCAUUGUCCACCUCUCCUCUGUCUCACCUCUCUCACCUGUCUCUUCUGUCUCACCGCUCUCUCCUGUCUCACCUGUCUCACCGCUCUCUCCUGUCUCACCGCUCUCACCUGUCUCAUCGCUCUCACCUGUCUCACUGCUCUCACCUGUCUCACCGCUCUCACCUGUCUCACUGCUCUCACUUGUGUCACCGCUCUCUCCUGUCUCACCGCUCUCACCUGUCUCUUCUGUCUCACCGCUCUCUCCUGUCUCACUGCUCUCACCUGUCUCACUGA